AUGGGGAAACGAAAGCUGGCGGGCUCGCUCCGCAGAUACGUCGCUUCGGGGCUUUCUCGGGUGUCCGGCGCUUUUCGGAGUCGCAGUCGCAGUCGCAGUUGCGGUACAAGUCACAGUCACAGUCAGAGUGGGAGGAGUUCGGUCGAGGAUAAGGAACCGGGUCCCGAUGUUGGAGUUGUGCCCGUUACCAAGAUUCCGGCACUUGAUACGGUCGAUGCAUAUGCCGUGCAAGACAGAGACAAAGACAACGACAGACCAAUCGACGGCGACGGUGACGGCGACGGUCGCGCCACAAGCGAGCGAAUCAGCCUUGUCUGCGAUUCUGCAGGGGAUCGAAGUGUGAUUGACGGGUUGAUCCGGGGUUAUGCGCGUUUCAUUGCGGCGCUGACGGGUCAGGAUGAUGUUGCGUUUUGCUCCACACGUCGCGAGCCUUACGUAUCGGAGAGAACGAUCUCUAUUAUCCUGGCUUCUGUUGCGCAAGGGGACGUGGAUUAUCGCGAAGUUUAUGCGAAAUACGACGAUGACGACGUCCAGUUUUAUAUUGAGCUGGGUCGCGCCGGGCCUGAGAAUGGACGGCAAUCCCGGCAAAAUACAUUUACACUGUUCGUCGAGCCAAACCAAAAGGGGACCGUCCUCGAUUUCAGCGUUGCAUACCCACGCCGACUUAUCCCAGAUGCAGCAGUAGACCUACUGCUGCGCACACUCUUAUUAUACGUCUCACCAAAAGCGCCAUCGGAAUGGCAGCCUGAAAUGUCUAUUAUGAACUUCCCUCCGUCUAUGAUACCACCUGUUGCACGAAAUAAUGAUAACGACAGCCCAGCGACAAAUCCACACCUCCUGCAUACGGCGUUUGAGGACUGGGCGCGCAAAAAACCGCUUAGCAUUGCAUUAGACUUUGUUCAUUCACUUCCAUCUGAUACAUCGGAAGCAGAGCACAGCAUCCUCACUUAUGCUGCGCUUGAUGCUGCCGCUACUAAUCUAGCCGUUCAUAUACGGUCGGUUCUGCUGGACUCUGUAUCUCGCAUAAUUCCCGUUCACAUGCCGACAUCGCCAGAGCUAUACAUCUCAUACCUCGCUAUCCUAAAAGCCGGACACGCGUUCUGUCCUAUGCCGCAAGAUGCGCCUGUCCAUCGAAUACAGGAGAUCCUUAGUGACAUAGACUCUCCGAUAAUCCUUGGGAACACGCCGGAGCCAUCAACAGAAACAACAUCAACAUGGGUCGAUGUCACCUCCGUCUCCAAAUGGAAAGAACUCCAAGGCGAAAGCCAGUCUCAUACAGGGACCUCCCUAGAACCCAUCCCAAUCUCCCACAACCAAACAGCCUACCUCCUCUUCACCAGCGGCUCAACCGGCAAGCCGAAAGGCGUGCAAGUAACCCACCUCGCAGCAUCAUGCUCCAUAUCCUCGCACGCAACUUCAAUCCCCCUACCCGGCAAGAACCCCGGCGACUUCCGCUGGUUCCAGUUCGCGUCGCCGUCCUUCGACCCCUCGCUCAUGGAGAUCUUCGUGACGCUUAGUACUGGCGGCACGCUCUGCUCAGCGGACCGCCGCCUUACGCUGUCGGAUCUCGAAGCCACGAUUAACGAGAGCAGAGCGACUGUCAUGAUGGCUACGCCUAGCCUUGCUUCGCUUUUGCGGCCGGAGAGGCUGAGCAGCCUUGAAGCGCUCUGGUCGAUGGGCGAGAAGCUUAAUCGGACUGUUAUUGAUAAUUUUACGCCCGAUCAUAGGGGUGUUGGGGAUGGGUCGGGUAUAGCGAGGACGCUGGUUAAUGCGUACGGUCCGACUGAGGGAGCGAUUAACUGUACGUAUGUCGCGCCCUUCGAGCGAUCCAUGCGCGGCUCAAUCAUCGGGAAACCACUUCCGACCUGCGCGAUGUUUAUCCUCUCGACGGACUCCGACGUCCCCACGCCCGUUCCCAUCGGUACAGUGGGAGAACUGGCCAUCGGCGGACCGCAAGUUAGCAAAGGCUACCUGAAUCGCCCUGACGAGACCGCCAAGGCCUUCGUGCACAGCGAGGAGUUCGGACGCCUGUACCGAACGGGCGAUAAAGCGCGCAUUGUCUGGGACAAAGAUGGGCAGCAGGUCAUUGAGUACCUGGGUCGAAUUUCCACGGACCAGGUCAAGAUUAAUGGGCGGCGCGUUGAGCUGGGAGAGAUUGAGGCCGUGGUUGCGACUACGCCGGGUGUUAGGGAGGUUGUUGCGGUUGUCAAGAGGGAUGGGGGGUCAAGGGGCGAGCAGAUCGUUGCUUGUCUUGUUGUUGAUGAUGCACGGAAAGGAGAUGGGGAACGCGAUGUUUUGGAGGAGGUGAAGGCGAACGCUGCGCGGCGGCUUGCUUCGUUUAUGUGCCCUUCAACCUAUGAAUUCCUUGAUGCGCUGCCGAGGUCGAGUUCUGGGAAGGUGGAUCGGAAGGCGUUGGUCGCUCUGUUUCAGAAGGGCGAUUUUCCGCACGUCAAUGGCUACAGUGAAGAUGGUUGCGGGGAUUGGGAUGACUCUGGCGAGGAGGAGUUGCAGCGGCUGGUCGUUCGACUGGUUGCAGAAACAGCGGGCGUCGAUGUCUCUGCAAUCAAACCCUCAACAGAGCUGUACUCAGUCGGCAUCGACAGUCUGGGGGCAAUGCGUUUCUUGCAGGGGCUGAAAGACAACGGGGUCGAUGGUCUGUCUGUGGGUGAUGUGCUGCAGUCACAUACCUGCCAGGGCCUUGUAUCCCUUAUCCAGCGCCACCAGACGAACGCAUCCCAGCCAAACGGGAUACAUCUUGACGGGGGUCCAACGGACAGUCUCCAAGUAAAACUGGAGGCAUUCGACAAGCGAACUCGUAUGCGCUGCGCCGAAAAUCUGGAAAUCGACUCGGGCACGAUACAGCAAGCUUUGCCAACUACCGCGACCCAGUCCGGCAUGCUGACCAGCUUCCUCCGAAGCUCAGCAGACAAGUUGUACGAGAAGCCAACAUACAUUUACCAUACCAUUCUCCCUUUAGAGCGUGGUGUCAACCUCGAAAAGCUACGGAAGGCGUGGGAACACGUCAUCUGGAACUACGACUCUUUCAGAACAGUCUUCUGCAUGGUUGAUGACGAGAUGGCCCCGUUUGCGCAGUGCAUUUUAACACCCGAGUGUAUCUCGACAAGAGAGUGGGAUGUCUAUUCUGCUCCAAACGAGAGGACAUCAGAACAAGACAUCAUCGACCAUGCGAUCCGCAAUGCAGAGAGGGCAAUCAGUUUGAGCAAACCGCCCUGGAAGCUGGCUCUCGUGGAGUCUCCAACCCGCCCAGUCGUGAUACUGAGCAUGUUUCACGGGAUCUUCGACGGCGGUUCGUUACACCUUCUACUCGAAGAUGUGGCCUCAGCAUACUCAGGCAACCCGCUGCCGCCGCGGACAUCGUUGAUUCAUGUUGUCAAGCACCACUUCCAAGCGGACCAUGCUUCCACCUCCCGCUAUUGGAGUGACUCUCUACAGGGCUAUUCGCCUGUGCCCUUCCCAUCUCUCACCCCACACAGAACGCCAGCUCAGAAAAGCACUGGCUGCGUUGAGGUGACCUCCAAUCUAAGCCAUGAAGAUCUCAAAAGACUCUCUAAGGCAAUUGGGGCAACCCCACUCUCCGUGCUGCAGGCGGCAUGGGGUGCGGUUUUGCUGAGCUACACAGGUACUCCGGAGCAAGAUGUCGUGUUGGGAAGCGUAGUCUCUGGACGACUUGAUCAGGCUUCGCAGCAGUGUAUUGGCCCUACAUUCACGAUAACGCCUUCUAGGAUCUCCGUCAAGAAGCUCAAAGAGUCCGGGGCUGUGACCAACCAGUCAAUCGCUCGCUACCUGGCGUCCUCUAAUGCAAAGGCUCUCUCGUACCUUCAGCCCCAGCUAGGCUCCGUGACGGCCAAUGGUCAAACACCAUACGACACUGUUCUAGCAUACCAGGAUUUCGGCUCUGAUGCUGGGUCCUCGCGGCCAUGGAGCUCCAUCCACCACCCGGCUAUGGCGAAUGACUUCUCUGUAAUGAUUGAGGUUGUUCCCGAGCUGGAUUCAUCCCUGACGCUCCGUGCAAACUUCAACACGAACCUCGACUCUUCUAGCACUGAGAUAAUGCUGAGACAGAUGGAUGAUAUAGUCCGCUAUAUUCACGACUAUCCAAACGCGGCCUUCGAGAAUGCACCGUUGCAAACAAGAGCGGAUCUCAAAUCAACCGCCAACCCUGAACCGCUUGCAGCACCGGAGGUCAGCGAAGGAGCACUGCUGCAGUCACAAUUCGAGGAACAUGCCAUCUCACACCCUGAUGAUCCGGCUUUGAUAUUCAAGCAGGACUUGGAUAAUGAGCACCACCAGGGCAAUAUCACCUGGACGUAUGGCGAGCUCAACGCUAUGGCCGAUUCCCUUGCAAAGCAUUUACUUGAGACAUGCGGCGACCUAAACGAUGCUUCCGUCCCUAUCUGCAUCGACAAGAGCCCGGCGCUGUACGUUGCUAUCCUGGGUAUCAUCAAGGCGGGAGGAGCCUGGUGUCCAAUCGACACGCUAUCUCCAGCCCAGCGUCGUCACGACCUCAUCGCGCGAACGAGUGCCGGCAUCCUCCUCCUCUCCAGUCUUGAUACCCCACAACUUGACAACGCCAUCCCGACCGGAAUGAAGAUAAUCGACGUCGCCAAAUUCACCGACUCCAUUCUUCCCCACAAUCCGCAAACAACAAAACACUGCGCAACCCCCUCCAACACAGCAUACCUAAUCUGGACAAGCGGCACAACCGGCGCCCCCAAGGGCGUCCCAAUAACCCACUCAGCCGCGGUCUCCGCCAUGCGCUCCCUGCAAACCGAGAUCCCAGGGAAUGAAGACGGAAGCCCAAUCCGCUGCCUGCAAUUCUCGCAACCAACAUUCGACGUCUCGAUCCAAGAUCUCUUCUACACGUGGGGCCUCGGCGGCGUGCUGAUCUCAGGCACGCGGGAGAUAAUGCUCGAGUCGUUUGCGCAACUUGCGAAUACCACGAAUGCAACGCACGCGCAUCUCACGCCCGCAUUCGCAGCUGGUAUUCCGCGGAGCACGUGUAAAACGCUGAAUGUCGUCACAAUGAUCGGCGAGAAAUUGACACAGGCUGUUGCGGACGAUUGGGGGAGCGAUAUGCGCGCGUUUAACACGUACGGUCCUGCGGAGGCAACGGUUGUAUCGACGAUCCGCGCAUUCGGCAACGAACAUGCAACCAUCAAGAGCGCGAAUAUCGGGUGGCCGAUGCGCAGUGUUUCUGUCUUCGUCAUCGACCCCAAAACAAAAGGCGUCGUGAUGAAGAAUGCCAUCGGCGAACUUGCGCUCGGCGGGCCGCAGCUUUCGGUGGGAUAUCUGGGACAGAAGGACGUUACGGAUGCGAAGUAUGUAUUCAAUCACGAGGCGAGACAGAGGCUGUACUAUACGGGUGAUUUGGUGAGGAUGCUUUCCGAUGGGAGUUUGGAGUAUAUUACGCGCGUUGACGACCUGGUGAAACUUGGGGGGAUACGGAUAGAGUUGAGCGAGAUCAGCUUUGCGCUUAGGGGGUGUCAUGGGCUUGUGGAGGGGGUUGAGACGAUGAUUCUUUCGAGGGGGGACAGGCCUGUUGAGGUUGUUGUUGCGUUUCUUUCUGCUCCGAUGGCCGCUGGUGAUGGUGAAGCUGGAGCUGGAGGCUUGCUCGUGGGGAAUGAUGUCGUGCGGGAUAUUGCGCGCGCGGCGAGUCUCCAGGCGCGGAAUGUCCUCCCUGACAAUAUGAUUCCGUCUGUUUACCUUGUCGUCAGGAAGAUCCCCAAGACGCCGUCUGCGAAGGUUGAUCGACGCGCUUUGCAGGCUGCGUAUGCGGAGGUUGAUAUUGAGUGGUGGGAGGGCGAGAUCAACUCCGAGGAGACUGAGGAAGACGAGGCCGACGCUGCGACGACGACCAAGAUCAUCGAGACAGUAGCGGCCCUUGUCAAGGUUGAGAGCUCGACUAUCACGAAGAGCAACAGACUGCGCAGUCUAGGCGUUGACUCUCUCCGCGCUACGCGCCUUGCAUUCAGGCUCAAGGAAGCCGGAUACAAGUUAUCUGUUAUGGACGUCCUGGCUUGUGUUACUUUGCAGGAUCUCAUCAAGCUCGCCCGGUCAUCGUCAGCUGCGGCGCAGUCAACCAGCCCUGCUGAUGAAAAAUUCGACGUCCACUCCUUCAACGAAGAAUGGCACGCCGCCGUUGCCGCCGCAGCAAAGAUCCCCGAGAAGGACGAGUUCACGACGCUCCGCGCGACGGCUAUCCAGGAGAGUCUGCUUACCGAGACGAUGGGUAUGUACGACAUGUACUGGAGCAACCACUUCUUCAAGCUCGAUGGGCCUGUUGAUAUCUCGCGGCUACGGCAGGCUUGGUUUGCGGUUUGUCAGAAGACGGAGGCGCUGAGGACGGGGUUUGUCCCUGUUGCUCAGACUGAGAUGGCGACAAAGGAGAAGGAUGGGAUCGGGUUCUCGAUUCUGCAGGUCGUUUACAAACUUCCGGACGUUGACUGGGAGAGUUAUACCUGUACCGAGGAGGAAUCGAAGAGCGUGCUUGGAGACAGACUGCAGGGGACCAUGGAAAAGCACCAGAAGAACUACUUCCGACACCCGCCGUGGGCAGUUACGAUUCUUGACAAGGGUACCGAGCGAGUUAUGGUCUUGACACUCCACCAUUCUAUCCAUGAUGAACCCUCGCUGCGGUUCAUCGCUGAUGACGUCCGCGCGGCUUAUACCUACAAACCGCCCCUACGCACCCAACUAACUUCCGCGCUGGCUCACAUCCUCCCCACGGAAACAAAGUACACCAAAGCCGUGGCUUUCUGGUCUUCUGAGCUCAGGCCCUACGCGGACCUUGACGUUCCUGUGUGGCCGGACCUCACGGGGAAACGGGUCCCUCCUGGCGUGAUUCCAGAAUAUAAACUUAUAUCCGAGGCAAUCCCCCUAACCGAGUCCGUCACAACCCUGCAAAAGGCCGCAGCAGAUCUGGGCGUUGGAUCCAUAGCGUCUAUUGUCCGUGCAGCGUGGGCGUUUGUGAGCUUGUCUUACCUGGGCCUUCCAGGAACAGUCUUCGCAGAGACGCUUUCCGACCGGGUCUUCGAUCCGAGCCUCGAAAGCGCCGUCGGGCCGUUCAUCUCAGUCGUCCCUGUUCCUUUUCACCCCAAGAAAGACAUGACCGUUCGGAGAAUCCUAGCCGAGCAACAUCGACUAUCCCUGCAGUCCUGGGCCCACCGAUCAAUUCAUGCGCGUGAUAUCCGGAAGGCUCUAAACCGCCAACGUGGCGAACCGCUUUACCCGGCCGUAUUCAAUUUUCAUGCUCCUGACGAACCCAAGAAAAAUGCGCAACUCCCUGAUCUCUGGAACGAACUCGAGGACCAGAUCGGACUGCAUGUUGAGCAUCCCAUGGCCUUUAAUGCUUUCCAGACUGCGGAUGGAAACAUGACGCUCGAGGCAUCAAGUGACAGUCGGAUAUUCAGCCGCGAGCAUCUGCGCCUUUUCGUGAGGCAGAUUGAUGCCCUUAUCUCUGAGAUGCUGGUCUCGCCUGAUGAGACAUUCGGGAACCUUGUUAGUCGACUACCAUCUAACAUGAGGUCUCUCUCAAAUAGAAAGGUCAGCCACGAGGUCGGGAACUCGAUAUACCAAGCUCCAACGUACUGGCUGGAGAAGUUUGCGGAAAGUAACCCAGACUGGACGGCUGUUGAAGUAGCCUCUAGUAUCAGCACAGACGGGAUCCAGAAAGAGACCAUGAGCUAUGGCACCCUAAACAGCGCGGCGAACCGUGUAGCUGCGUACCUUGCGUCCUUUGGGUACAAGAACAGGAUCAUCGGCGUCUGCGCAGGCCGCACCUUAGCAUCUUACCCGAUCAUCGUCGGCAUCUUCAAAUCCGGGAAUACGUACCUCCCUAUCGAUGAGAGUCUACCUGCGGACCGAAAAGCAUUCCUGGUCGAGGACGCAGAGUGUCCGAUUGUUUUCACCGAAACUAGCCUCAAUUCCACCUUCUCCGGUGCACCCGAUACCUGUCGCGUGGAAUGUAUCGACGAUGCAGCCCUACAGCAGUCCAUCGCCGCCAUGCCAUCUGCAAACCAAGACUACGCCUCGCACCCAGACGACACCUCCUACCUCCUCUUCACCUCCGGCUCAACCGGAAAACCUAAAGGCGUAAUGGUCACGCGCGCAAACCUCUCCUCCUUCAUCGAAUCAAUCUCCGAAUUCGCGUGCAAAUGUGCCCCAGAUACACUCACCCUGGCCGGCACAGGGCGCUACCUCGCACAAGCAAAUCGCGCCUUCGACCCGCACCUGCUGGAGAUGUUCUUCCCCUGGCGCCAUGGCAUGGCGACUGUGACCGCGCCCAGACCGAUGAUCCUCGACGAUAUCGGAACCACUUUGUCGCAGUGGGAGAUCACACAUGCGAGCUUUGUCCCGAGUCUCGUAGACCAGAGCGGAAUCACACCGGCGCAGUGCCCCGGUCUGCGCUUCAUGACCGUCGGCGGCGAAAAAAUCACCCAGAAGGUCCUGGAUACGUGGGCUUCUGCGGCCAACGUCGCGAUCGUGAAUGCGUACGGGCCCACGGAGGUAACGAUCGGCUGUACAUUUGCGCAUAUCGGGCCGUCCACGAAUCUGCGCAAUAUCGGCCCUCCGCUUACGGCUUGUACGGCGCAUGUUCUUCUCCCCGGAACUAUGGAGUACGCGCUACGGGGCCAGACGGGCGAGCUCUGUUUCAGCGGGGAUCUUGUGGCUAGGGGGUACCUUCAUCGCCCUGAUGCCACGGCAGCGAGUUUCAUCACGGGUCCGGAUGGUGUCAAGAUGUACCGCACUGGUGAUAUUGGUCGGCUGAUGGCUGAUGAUUCGGUUGAGUACCUUGGGCGCGGGGAUGACCAGACGAAGAUCCGCGGACAGAGACUUGAACUCGGUGAAGUCUCUGAAGUGCUGCGGGCUUCGGCGCCGGCUGGUAUGUCCGUUGAUGUUGUGACGACCGUUGCGAAACAUCCCGGUCUCAGCAAGGUGCAGCUUAUCUCGUUUGUGUCGAGGGCGAGGAAACGAACUGUGACUGAACAGGUUGACUUCUUGUUUUCUGAUAUUGCGACACUCGGCAGAGAGCUCCGUGAUGGUUGUGGCAGGAAGUUACCCGCUUAUAUGGUUCCUGACCUUGUCUUGCCGGUCACGAGUAUCCCUGUUGCGGCGAUGAGCGGGAAGGCAGAUAUGAAGAGGUUGCAGGCGUUGUUCAGCGAGCUGCCGCUCCAGGUUGUGCUGCAGGGGAAUAGUGCGUCUACUGCGAACGGUGCUGUGGAGAGGGCACUCAAUGCAGACGAAGAAGCCGUCGUCAGCGAAAUCUGCCACGUUAUUUCUGCGAACCCCGGUGCUUUUAACCCACUGACGAAUAUCUUUGAGGUUGGGAUCGACAGUCUCAGCGCUAUUGGUCUGUCGAUUCGAUUGAAAGGGAUCGGGUACGCGGCGAGUGUAGCCGCUGUUAUGGGCAAUCCGGUUGUUGAGCAGCUUGCGCGGUUGCCGAGAUCCUCUGAGUCUGGGAAGCCUAGUGACGAUGUAGGUCUCUUUGGGCGGAGGUGUAAAGAUUUGGAAAAGGAGUAUCGCAGUGCUUUCAGCAAUUGGGUUGAGGCUGCGGCUGUCCGGCCUUGUCUCCCACUGCAGGAAGGGCUCGUUGCGCGUUCUCUCAACAGCAGCGAUGAUCGGCUUUACGUCAACCAUAUCACCCUGCAGCUUGGUGACAGUGUUGAUUCCGCUAAGUUCAAGGCGGCAUGGGAGGCUGUGGCGCGCGAGAAUGACAUCUUGAGGACAACCUUCGCGUCGCUGGAAAGAGAGAUUGCGCAGGUUGUUCUCGGUGAGAAGGACCAUGAGUUGCAAUGGACGGAGGAGCGGUAUGAGGGCUUAGACGAGGCAAUUCAAUCGUGGAAAGAAAAGCAGGACCAGGUCUCGAGGAGCAUUAUCGCGAAUAUCUCGACUGCCCAUCCGAUAUGGUUCCACUAUGCCAGCUGCCCAAAUGGUAAACCCCUGGCUCUCUUCAUCUCCAUCCACCACGCGCUGUAUGAUGGGGAGUCCUUUGCUAUGAUGCUCGACGAUGUUGCCGCGCGGUACGAAGGAGGCCCAGUCAUCGAAAGAGGUUCACCAUCUGUCUUCCUGGAACAUGCUUGUGCUCAGGAUACCGAGAAAGCAAAGGAGCACUGGACGCAGCAACUCUUUGGUUGCACCCCUACCAGAUUCAGGUCCGAUGAGUCUAUCAAGGAAACCACCUCCGUCCGUCGAACUCCCCAAGCGAAACUCUCAGACCUAGAAACGCGCUCCGCAACGCUCCAAACAACGGUCCCAAACUUGAUGCAGGCAAUAUUUGGGCUUCUACUAGCAGACUAUGUCGGUUCAUCCGAUGUCACAUACGGCCUCGUUCUUUCGGGGCGCACAUUAUCUGCUCCAGGGGCCGAGUCUGUCCUCCUACCAGCCAUCACGACAAUCCCCGGCCGCCUAAGCACCAACGGAUUGAACACGGUGCAGGACGUCGUGAGCGCCAUCCAAACAUCCACAGUCAGAUCCCUAGACUAUCAACACACGCCCCUCCGCAAGAUCCAGCAGUGGUUAAAGUCGGAAACGCCGCUUUUCGACUGCCUGUUCUCGUACAUUCGAGCAACACCUCCGUCCGGCCAUAACCUCUGGACGGAACUGGACAGCCACAUGCCCUCAGAGUACCCGCUUGCCCUUGAAGUGCAGGCCGAUAAUGCCGCAGAUGCAGUGCAGCUAGAGUGUAUCUUCUCGUCUGACUUUGGAUCAAGGCACGAUGGGGAGGAGUUCCUUGAGAAGAUGGACGCUGUCCUCUCUGAGUUACUUUCAGGGUCAACGUUGCCGUUGGAAAACUUCAACGUGGCGCAGUCGGGUGUCGCUGGCUUCAGGCCUGGAACCCGUGGACAGGCAACACAGUGGGACGAAUCAAGCUGGACCGCGUCGGAGAGCAAGAUUCGGGAAAUCACUUCUGCGUUCUGCGGGUUAGAUAGGGACGCUAUGUCGAAGGGUGCUUCGUUCUUCAGUCUGGGCGUUGACUCAGUAACUGCCAUCCAUUUUGCACGGAGAUUACGUGAUGAAGGGUUUAAUGUCUCGUCUUCGGAUAUCAUGCGCUUUUCUUGUGUUGGGGCGUUGGCGAAGCACGUCGAAGAAUCAUCGCCACAAGAGCAGGUCAAUGGCGUCAAUGGACAUGCGAGCCAGAGGGGCAUCAUUUCGAUUGCUACGUACGGAAAGCAUGUUUCCAUCGGUGAAAAGGACUCCAUCACAGCUAUGUUUGAAUGUACACCGCUGCAGUCCGGGAUGAUUACGCAGACGAUCAGCUCUGGCGGCAAGGUGUAUGUGAACCCUCAUCCGAUCAGACUGAAUGAGGACGUGGAUGUGGACAAACUCAAGGAUGCUUUGCGUCAAGUUGUUCAAGCCAACGAGAUCCUCCGCACCUCUUUUCAUCUGAUCCCAGACCUUGGAGAAGGCUGGGUUGGAGCGGUGCAUCGAGAGCCUGAGUUUGAGUGGAGCGAACUCAACCUACCAUCCGAUGCCAAUGUAAUGUCUGAGGUUAUGGCGCUGUUUAAGUUCAGUGAGGAGGCUUCCUUUGCCAGCCCGCCAAUACGCUCUGUCCUUGUCAAGCAGCCGGACUGCAGAAUCCUCGUCCUCGUCCUGCAUCAUUCCCUCUACGACGGUGCUUCACUUCCAUUUAUCUUUGAGGAUCUCGCAACCACGUAUGUAGGGCAAUCGCCAACUUCCCGUCCUCAGUUCUCAGAGGUGGUACCCUACAUACUCUCGAACCAAGAGGAAGCAUGUGCGUUCUGGACAAACAAACUCAAGGACUACGAGCCGGUCGAAAUUCCACUGCUUGACCUAUCCGAUACUCCAAGAAUGCUCGCCUCGGAGCACCGCAUCCACCUUGACCUGAACCACAUUACUCAAGCCUGCAAAGCGAUGUCCGUGACAAUCCAAACUGUCUCCCUGCUCUCAUACGCAAAGACCUACGCUCACCUCCUCGGAACCCGCGACGUCGUCUUCGGCCAAGUCCUCGCAGCCCGAACACUCCCUCACCCCGACGCAGACCAGACACUCGGCCCGCUAUUCAACACCGUCGCACAGCGCGUUACGCUCCACCCGAAGUUCACGAGUAACCGUGCUCUUGCGCAACGUCUUCAGCAGGAUGGUAUCGACGCUCAGAGGUAUCAACAUGCGCCGCUGAGGACUAUCCAGAAUACGCUACGUCAGGAAGGAAGACUUGGCUCGAAGCACCUAUUCGAUGCACUCUUCGUGUUCCAGAAGAGCGCUGCCCUAUCGGAAGGCCCACUGAGCGAGCAGAAGUUCUGGACGCCGUUUGAAGACGAGGAGUUUGUCGUUGACGCCGAGUAUAAGCUCAAUAUUGAGGUUGAUCAUGCGCAUGAUGGGGUCGUUAUCCGUGCGACGGCAAAUGGUGCGUACUUUGAUCAGGGCAUGCUUGACGGCUUCCUACGGGAAUUUGGAGAUGUGUUUUGCGAUAUCGUGGCGCAUCCGACGAGGUGUGCUACCACCAUCCCGCAGGGACUGGGUGAGCUGCCACUGAAACGAGCAUCAGAGUCUGGGGAAGCCGUAUUUGAGACGCCAAUUGUGGACGCUACACCUGCCCAUGAGGAAACGAUCCGGUCCAUACUAGCCGAGGUCACCGGAAUCCCAACCGACGAGAUCAAGCCGUCCACAAGUAUCUUCAAUCUCGGUCUGGACUCUCUAUCGGCUAUCCGUAUUGCCUCACUUUGCCGAGCCAGUGGAAUCAAGAUCAAUGUGGGCGACAUCCUGCAAGGAAACACCCUCCGCGGCAUCAGUGCCCGAGUAAAGGCCGAACCUCAAGCCAUCACCAACGGCAACGACUCAACUCACGAUCCUUCUCUGUCUCUGAUGAAAGAUUAUCCCCGCGUCGAGCAAACCGUCCUCACGCAGCUAAACCUGCAACGGGAAGACGUCGAGACAAUCCUGCCCGUCCUCCCAGGCCAACACCACCACCUCGUCAGCUGGCUAAAGUCAGACCGGAAACUUUUCGAAGCGCCCUGGGCGUUUGUUGCUCGGGAGGGUUCGCAUCUUGAUGCCGAGAGGCUUCAAAACGCGUGGGUUCGGCUGCAAAAGCGACAUUCCGUUCUCCGGACCGUCUUCGCGGCGGUUUCGAAGAGCGAGGCUCUGCAGAUUAUUCUAAAAGAUCCCACAGAGAGCUCGGAUACGUUUAAGGUCGUCAAGUCCGAGGAUCCUAUUUCCGAAUUCGCUAAAACACAAGCGCGAGAGGAAGCACUGCAUCCAUCGUCACUAUUCUCCCCUCCUGUGCGCCUGAGACUUUUAAAGGGCGCUGAUAGAGACGGCAUCCUUCUCAUUAUCCACCAUGCCCUUUACGACGCUUGGAGCAUGCCACUGCUCGUCUCCGACCUCGUCAAGCUAUACGAUGGUCAUGACGAUCUAGAAACAAAUCCAUCCUUCCCUGCCUUCGUGGCCUCCUCCCUCGCCUCUCUCGCGCAAAACGAGAAAGAAUACUGGACGUCGUCGCUCAAAUCCGCCAAACCGACUUUCCUCACCUCAUCUCUCUCUGUCUCUGAUAGCGAUAGCCCGCCUUCCACCAACAAAGAGCAUCUUUUCGUAGCCGCAUGGGAGAAAAUACCGAACCUCUCAUCGCUCGAAGCCACAGCCCGCUCGCAAGGCCUAAGUCUCCAAACCCUCGUCCUCCUCGCCGUUGCGCGGCACCUCGCCAAAGCAACCGGCGUCGACAGUCCCACGAUGGGCCUGUACCAGACCGGACGCUCGGCCGCGUUCAACGGCGUCGAGAGACUAUCGGGCCCUUGUUUAAAUGUUACUCCGUUCGUUGUGGAAAAUGCACUAUCCAUGCCAACUUCUGAGACUGAGAAAGAUGCUGAGAAAGAUGGUCCAGGGCCAGGGUUAGGGCUGCGAGAGCAGGCAACACAUAUCCAACAAUCCCUCGCGGACCGUGUACAGUACGAACAGAGUUCCCUGCGCGAUAUCCUCCGCUGGGUCAGCGUCAUCACGAACCCCAAUUCCAACCCCAACGCCCGUGCUGGAAGCCAAGCUGGAGGGAUACCGCCGCUCUUCAAUACGUGGGUCAAUCUCCUCUGGAUGCAGCACGGCACCCGCACCAGCACCAGCCAACAAAAACAAAGCACCGCGGAUACCGAACUCUUCAACCCCCUCCCAAUCGGCGUCCCAACGGACUUCAUACCAUCAACCCCUAUUCCCGUAUCAUCCACAGCAAUCUCUGGCCUCGAUACGUCGUACAUAGGCGACCAAAACGUCUACAUCGAUAUCGGGCCCGAUGCGGCGAGUGAUAGUAUUGGGUUCGGCGUUCGCGUUGAAGGAGGGCUGCUGGGUGAGAAUCAGGUAGUUGAGUUUGUGGAUGGGAUUGCGGGCGAGAUUGAGAGCGUUGUUGGGUGUUUGCGUGGAUAG